AUGGUCGACACCGUGCCGUGCGUCAUUGCGCAGGUAUGCAAGUCCUCUCGAGUUUUCAAACCCAGUGGAGCAGAGGUGAACGCAGACAGUAAGGCUGAGGUGGCAGGCUUGCAGAUGGGUGACGUUAUCAUGGAGAUCAAUGGCGAGAGCGCUGUCAAGAUGCUGAACGUGGAGGCUCAGGAGAAAAUACGGCAAUCCAGAGGUCAGCUUAGGCUUCUCAUUGACAGACCCAAACCAUCCGUGAGACACACACAUGGAGUUAACCCCUGUGAGCUCAGAGUCCUUGACCAGGUGUUGCCGGGCAACCUGAACUGGAGUGAGAGAAAGAGAACCGCGUCCUCUGUUGUCUCUGUGCCACAGACGGCGGCGGCUGUAGUCUCGUCCUCCGGGCCGUGCAUCAGACCUAAGACCAGAGCAGAAGAUCUUGGUCCUGUCAGAGCCAAAAGCAAACCGCAGUCUGUUUCAGCCAGCUUGAAGCAGAUCUAUCAGCAGAAAAAGUCCAUGCCUGUUUCAGCGGUGGGACGAGGCCCCGUGACCAACCAAACUCCACCCACUCCAGCCUCCACUUCUCCUCAAAGUACCAAAAAAAGUGUCAGCUUUGCCUCCCCAGUGUGGAGAUAUGUGCCCGUUGACUCGGAGGAUCUCAGAAAGAUCCGGCAAAACCAAAACUCGGCGCCCAGGCAGUCCAACACCUUCAGGCUGCUCGAACAGGGCUUAGAGGCUGAGUGCAGACGUGAGACCAAAGGACACCUGCAAAAUGUCACAAACUGCCAAAGGGGUUCAUGUAGCAUGCUCAUUAAGAAGUCCUUUUCUGUUAUCCUUAUGGUUAUGACACAGGCGGUGCGGAUCAGGGAGGGCAGGUACAGGCACGUCGCCUGCUACACCUGUCGGGACUGUGGGCUCAGUCUGAUGGUGCGAGGGCACUUCUGGGUGGAUGAAGAGCUGUACUGUGGGAAACACGCCAGGCAGAGGUACCAGGCAGAAAGUAGCCUCCAAAAACUCCAAAGCGUCUCAAAGGCGAUCUGA